UCUUGUGACUGCUGGUUUGUUUUUUUCUCUCAGUCCUAUUCUUGUCUUUGGACAUAACAUGGGAACUACUAGGAGAAAGAAAGCUAAAGAGAAACGUAGAUACAAAGGCAAGCAGGUAAAGAGGAGCAGGAAACUGAGCAAAAGAGCAAAAAAGCAGGCUGCCAAGAGAAAGGUGAGAAGAAAUGCAUUGGUUGCACGGAUACAGAAAGGCUGGGGACGAUUUUCGGCAUUUCUGAAAAAGAAGAAAGAUCAGUUCCUACAUUUAUGUAGCAGAUUUCCCAGAUUUUGGCACAGGAGAAACAUGGACAUUGCUCAAGAUCCAGGGGAAGGAUGCAGCCAUUGGGCAGACCGUCCAGACAUCCGACCAGGUCAGCAAAUUGCACAAGAGAGCUGCACUAUGACCACCAGCAACAACAGCACAGCCACUGCCCCCUUAACAGUUGAAACAUUUACUUUCCACUCGCUACUUGGAAAGGGAGGUUUUGGCAAAGUGAUGCUCGCAACAGAUGCUAUUCGUAAUGAAAGAGUGGCAGUUAAGAUCUUAAAGAAGAGAGCAUUACUACAAGCCAUAAAAAGGAGGCCAUUAAUAAAACAUGAGGACAUUUUGGUCGAGAGUCGAGUCCUUCAGUUGGCAAAUGAAAGCAAUUUCCUAAUCCAUGGAAAUGCGGCCUUCCACACAGAGAACUAUCUAUACUGUGUGAUGGAACUGGCUGAUGGAGGGAACCUGUUCCAUUUUUACGAUGAGAACUUUCUGGAGCUAACCACAAUAACGUUUAUAGCGGCAGAACUGGUCUGUGGCUUGCAGUUCAUGCAUUCCAGAGGAAUAAUACACAGAGACCUAAAAUUGGGUAAUGUUUUGCUGACCUCAGAUGGACAUGUAAAGAUCGCAGACUUUGGUCUUUCCCUCCUGAAUACAUAUGGAAAAACCGAUGCCAAAGUACUUGGUGGAACACCGGCCUAUAUGGCUCCAGAAAUUCUAACUCAACAGUCAUACAGUGCAGCUGUAGACUGGUUCGCAUUUGGUGUUAUGAUAUAUAAACUCACCCUACGAGAGUUCCCUUUUCCGGGAGAGAAUCGUGCAGAGAUAACGAAGAAGAUCCUUACACAAGAACCACCAAAUUUGUGGCUUACUGAUGAUGUAACAGAGGACUUUAUAUCCAAACUCCUUUGCAAGAACCAGUUCCGCAGGCUCGGGGUAAAGGGCAAUGUGCGAAAACACCGCUUCUUCUCUUCAAUUAACUGGAAGAUGAUAGAAACUGGAAAAGCAACAUCCCCAGUAAAACCAGACAAGACCUCCAUGUAUACUGGUCAAAAACAACAAAUCCAUGCGCCCAACAGUGAAGCAUUCAAAGAGCCAAUUGCUGCAAUGGACCAAAGCGUUUUUGAUAACAUUCAAUUUGUUUGCCCUAAAUGGAGUGAAACAUAUCAUAAUUAG